AUGGUUUCUCUCAUCAUUACUCUCACAUACCUCCUUGCGACGGUGACAUUUGCCUUGCCUAUCGACCUGCUAGGCCUUGAGGAGAAUUUUCCGAUCAGCCUGGUCACGCGCCAGGACGGCCCAACAUCUCGAUACACGACAGUUAAGAACGCAGCAGCAGCAGCCGGCAAGACCCUAAACAACGGCGAAUGGCACUACUUACGGCUAUGCACGCCUCUCAACGGACAGCCUCCGGAGGACCAUGUCCAGGAGGAAACAGGUUGCAAGCACUUCUAUAUUGUUGUCGGCCAAGUUAUAAAAGAGCGCGUUUUUAAAAAAAGAAAGGACUUUCAGGGCCUUAUGUACCACGUAAGGUACAAUGACGACACACGCAAGUGGUUCUGGACGUCCCAUACUUACAUUGCCUACGAUUUCCAAGAGAUCGUCUACGGAGGCAAGACUACAAGCAGAAAAGCUAGUACAGCCAGGCUUGACACACUUAGUUACAGUGGAAUCGUUUAUUCUAGGAACAGCGCUAAUAAGAUGACUACUAAAGGUACAGCUUGGGUUGAUAAAUGGGGCUCGUACUGUGAUCUAAAUGAGGCGAGGUGUUUCGGCUACUAUCAAUAUAUGGCUUCAAACUUAUAA